CUGGAUCUCCUCUCAGUAAAAUCUAUUCUCCUUUGGAAAAUUUUGCGUGGGUCCCCGGGUUGUUCAAGGCCUGGACCUGGACCGCAGCGUCCUCCUGACUUUUGUCCUGGAAACUGGGCCACCGGGACACUUCGGAGGGCAUUUCCCUCCGGUGGAUGCAGCCCCGAAGGUUUAGAAAGGGAAGAAAGAGAAAAGGAGAGAAGCAACGCCUCUGUAACCGGGUCUCCUCCCUCUCCCCAUUUUAACACCCUGCACCCAGCUAUCCCCCGAAGUCUCCGGACUGUUCUCAGGGUGGAGGAGGGACCCGAAAGGCCUGAGGCCGGAGAGCCCCGGGGUCUCACCACGCACUCUUCCUGCCCUGAGACAGGGUUUGCCGGGACGUCCUAGGCGGAGGGGCUCCAAAGAAGGUCGCAAGGAGCUAGGGACACGCUCUCUGCCAGGAAUUUUCUUCCUCCUUUUUUUGAUCCUCAAAAGCCUCUGUCGCCGUGGCCCGAACUUGCUCAACUCCAGCACCCUCGGAAUCGAUCCCCCUUUCCUAGCUUUGGACCUGGUGCUGACCUCACCUUUGCAACCGCACAGGGGUUUUCUCUCCUACCUCUACACUGGGAACAGCUGCGUGAAUAUGCCAGUCCCCCCCGGAUGCCAGGCGCCAACGGCUUUCCCAGGCUGAGGUCGUGGCAAGCUCGAGAUGCUGGCUGGCGACUAGGCGCCCGGCAGCAGAGAGCACCUCCUUUCCCGCCCGCGGAAGCUUUCAGAUUUGGAGCCCGCAGCCCAAGCGCCCCGCGAAGCUCCAAGCCCUGAGCAACCACCACCAGCCUCGGUGCCACCCAAAGGAGCCAGGUGCAUUUUCAGAAGCUAGGACUCCAGUUAUGUGAUACGUGAUAUCCACAACACCUAAUAAUUGUUCUUGGUAAGGAUAUCGAGUAAGUCCAUUAAGUUUCUCAGGACUGAAUCAUCUUCGUGAAUGCAAUUGCCGAACAGGAAAUAGACUCGGAGAAUUUUAGCCCUCCAAAAUCUCAUUGGCCCUCUGCACAAGCCAAGCCACAAUCACUCCUGCAACACAACCGAUUCCUUUCAGCACUCGCAGCUGUGGACAGCUCCCUCGCCGCGCGGUCCAGUCCUCCGCAGUGAGCAGACUCGUGUUCAGCCUGCAUCGGUCGGUGCAGCAGCCGACACCAAGUCCUCGCCAGCGCGCACAGAACAUCCCUCCUCCCUCACGGCUUCCCCGCCCCUCGCUCACCCCGGCUCACUCCAGCGGCGACUUUGAGGGAUUCCCUCUUCGGGCAGCCUCUGCAGCAGCACAUCUGGCCUCAUUCGCUGCUAAGCAAACAUGGAUCUCCGAGGAAGAGCCGUUCUCAGCUUCGAUAGACUUGGAAUUCUCCUGAUGCUGUUCCAUACAGUGGCUCGAAUCAUGGCAGAACAAGAAGUGGAAAAUCUCUCAGGCCUUUCCACUAACCCUGAAAAAGAUAUAUUUGUGGUGCGGGAAAAUGGGACGACAUGUCUCAUGGCAGAGUUUGCAGCCAAAUUUAUUGUCCCUUAUGAUGUGUGGGCCAGCAAUUAUGUUGAUCUGAUCACGGAACAGGCUGAUAUUUCACUGACCCGGGGAGCUGAGGUGAAGGGCCGCUGUGGCCACAACGAGUCGGAGCUGCAGGUGUUCUGGGUGGAUUCCGCGUACACACUCAAGAUGCUAUUUGUAAAGGAAAGCCACAACACGUCCAAGGGACCCGAAGCGACGUGGAGGCUGAGCAAGGUCCAGUUUGUCUACGACUCCUCGGAGAAGACCCAUUUUAAAGACGCAGUCAGUGCGGGGAAGCACACUGCCAACUCGCAUCGCCUCUCUGCCUUGGUCACCCCAGCUGGAAAGUCCUAUGAGUGUCAAGCUCAGCAGAGCAUUUCACUAGCCUCCAGUGAUCCACAGAAGACGGUCACCAUGAUCCUGUCUGCAGUCCACAUCCAGCCCUUUGAUAUCGUCUCUGAUUUUGUCUUCAGUGAAGAGCAUAAAUGCCCAGUGGAUGAGCGGGAGCAGUUGGAGGAAACCUUGCCCCUGAUUUUGGGGCUCAUCCUGGGCCUCGUCAUUGUGGUAACACUGGCAAUUUACCACAUCCACCACAAGAUGACUGCCAACCAGGUGCAGAUCCCUAGGGACCGGUCCCAAUAUAAGCACAUGGGUUAGGGGCCAUUAGGCAAGCAGCCCCCCAGCUCAUCUCCCCCAGCUGGAUCAGGUAGAGAAACAAAAGCACUUCACCACCUUAAACAUGGGAUACACCACCAUAGCUACAAUCCAACAGUCCUGGGUAUCCAAGGCUUGCUUGGCCGGCAUCCAUGCUUAAACCCAGGCAUGGGGGGAUUCUUUUGGAUUCGUGGGGUGAAUGGCAGUUGUUCUCUCCAUGCUGGGAAAUGAAGACAGAGGGGAUCAGCCAGCUUUCAUGCUCAUGGUGGCUUGGCUUUGACUCUCCAAGGAGCAACACAUACAACUCAGAGGGAUAUCUGGCCCCAAACUUUAGGGAUUGGAAAGACACUUCUUUUGGGAGGAUACCCCUUUAGGUUCAGAGGAAUAAGGGUGCUUUGCUCCCUGAACACAGCUGGCUUACCCUAUACAGUUGUCAAUACACACAAAAUACAGCCUCAUGCUCCCUGCAGCAAGACCCCUGAAAGUGAUUCAUGCUUCUGGCUGGCGUUCUGCAUGUCUAGUGAUUGUCUUGGGAAUGUUUCACUGCUACAUGCACCCAGUGACUUCGCAGCACAAGAACCCGUUUAAUGUAACUAUGCAGAGUUGUUUGGACUUCAUAGUGUGCCAGGUCCAAGUAAGGGGACCUGAAGAAUCAAUCAAUCCAUGUGAGUUUGUUUUUCAGAAUGAAUUAAAACACACAACUGUCU